UGAAAGGCACACGUUUGCCUCCACUUAACCCUAACUUAAUCGUAACUUAAACCGAUUUUUCGUAAAAUAUUCUAAGUGAAAACUAUUUUGUGUCAAAAUAGAGCAAUAAUUAAGUGGUAUAAGUGAUUUCAAGUGAAGUUUAAGUCAUGUGUAGCAAGGUUAAGAGACCAGUGCGAACUUUUUUGUUUCUUUUAUUAUUAUAGUGGAAUGCGUAAAAUACUUUUGUAGGAUGCCGUGUACAUUUAACUGUGAUUUCACAACACGAGAAUCUAAUUUACAACAAAAUCCGACGUAAGGCAAUAUUGUUGAAGGCUUGCGAGGCAAACGCCCGUGUGAGCCGGCUUAGGGCUCACGAACAGGAGUAAGGCUGUUUGUACACUAAAUUGUGUACCUUUUAAGAGACAAUAGUGUAGUUGAUGCCACUAUAAAUUCGCAAAAAAACAGCAGCAAGUAGGUACUAAUUUCAUCAAAAGUUAUUUCAUAAUUAAGUUUGAUUCUAUGGUGGAUCCACUCGUGACACAAACAUAAAGCGUUCUUUGAAACUUAGCGUGAAUUUUAUCUUAUAGAUUGAUCACUUUUUUAAUGUAAACAUUAGCUGUAGUUAGGAAUUGUUAAUUGUAAGCACCUCGCAAAUAAAAUGGCCUAACAGUGACAGUAUAAGUGAAGAAACAAUUAAAAAUAUGUCAUGAAGGGCCAAAACCAUGUGAUUUUUAAAUACAACAUGAGUGCCACUUCUCGUCCACCUUAUUGACAACAACUACGAAAGUUAAAACAAAAGUGCGAAGAUGGAAGCCGCCAUUUUAUGCCCGCCGCAUUGACAAGAUGGCGUCCGGCGUAUUCCGGUUUCUGGUGCUGCUGGCGGUGCUGGUGUGGGUGGCUGGAGACAAGGUCGCAGUAACUUCAAACGCCAGCUGGUUCUCCAUGGGUCUCCUAGACUUCGAAAAGUGGACGCACCGGGACCUCUUCGCCGAGAAGUCCAGGCUUUGCGCCAGGAUCCGCGGCCUGACGCCUGGCCAGAGGCGCGUCUGCCGUCGCCACAGAGACCACAUGCCGAUCGUCAGUGCUGGAGUGAAACAGGGGAUUGAAGAGUGCCAACACCAGUUUAGAGAGAGGCGAUGGAACUGUACUAUCACGGGAGAUGGGACGGUGUUUGGACCCUUGACUCUGAUAGCAUCAAGAGAGACCGCGUUCACGCACGCCGUGACGUCAGCGGGGGUGUCCCUCUGGGUGUCCCGGGCGUGCCGGGACGGGCGGCUGUCCAGCUGCGGGUGCAGCCGCGCGCCGCGUCCCAGCCACCUGCGGGACGAGUGGGUGUGGGGCGGCUGCGGGGACAACCAGCGGUACGGGUACAAGUGAGUUAUUAUCGUCACUUAUGGUAACACAUAAU